AUGCGUCUGGCAGAUGUAAACAGGCUGGCUUUUUGGAAAGGCUAUCGUACCUCUUCGCUUACUAGGGAAGAUGUGAUCGUGUUUAUCCCGGAUUCUCAAAUAACCGAAGCGUACGACUGUCUGCAGUGCAUGAUCGAGGGGUCCAGCAUGGUCAAACUACGGGCCAACAGUCGCCAGUACCACCGAUACUUCCGCCUCCUGGACGACCUCUCGGCCAUACGGUGGACCCCGACCACCAAAAAGUCCACUAAAGCACAGUUACUCAUCGAACAGAUCAAGGAGAUACGAACGGGCAAGAACUGUGAGAGUCUCCGCAAUAAGGACUUCCCGAGUUCCUACAACGAGGAGAGGAUCUUCAGCAUCUUGUACGGGGACUCCUACGACAGCCUGGACCUCAUAGCUCACUCACCGGAGGAGGCCAAUAUAUGGGUGACGGGACUCAAUGCUCUUAUAGGAGCAUCUAAAGCUGCUCCUGACGCGGUGGAGGACAGACAAACGUUCCGGGAGAUGUGGCUGAAGGAGAUGUUCGAGAAGGCGUCCAAGAAUUCCUCGGGCGGUUUCAUCGACCAGACCACCUGCAUUAAACUCAUCAAGAGGCUCGACUCUCAGGUGGCUAUGGAACGAGUCAGGCAGAAGUUACAGGAGUUCGACAUGGGUAAGACAGACGGGUGUCGAGGCCUGAUAGACAGCCAAGAAUUUAUCGACAUGUUUAAAGAAAUAGCUACGAGACCGGAGAUAUACUUCCUGUUAAUAAGAUACGCCAAUAAGGACUACUUAACGCUCGAAGACUUUCAUUUGUUUUUGGAGGGUGAACAAGGGUUGGCGGGGUUGACGUCGGACAAAGUGGCUGAAAUGAUAGAAAAAUACGAACCGGCACCUGAGGCCAGAAAAAACCGGCAAAUGCUUAUAGACGGUUUCACGAGGUACCUGAUGAGCGAUGAGUGUGACCUGUUUGACCCCAGCCAGCGUGAGGUGUGCCAGGACAUGACUCAGGCUCUAGGUCACUACUUCAUCUCCACCAGUCACAACACCUACCUAUUGGAGGACCAACUCAAGGGACCCUCCAGCGUCGACGGCUACAUCCGCGUCCUUACCUGCGGCUGUAGGUGUGUCAAAGGUACCUCCCUCAACCAUUACCUGGGCGUACCUGUCUCAUUAACCCGUAACCUCCUUCCACAGACCUCCUUCUACAGGUACCCGGUGAUCGUUCACCUGGAAAACCACUGUAGCGUGAAGCAGCAACAGAUGAUGGCGGUGCUGCUCAAGGCUGUGAUGGGCAACAGGCUGUACAUCCACCCUUGUAACUCACCCCGCGCCUUCACUGACCUCUCCCCCGAGGAGCUCAAGUGCAAGUUCAUACUCAAGGGCAAGAAGCUACCGAACGAGGACAUGGAGGAAGGAGAAGUCUCGGACGAGGACGAAGGAGGCGAGACCAAGAGGAACAACAACCCGAGGAAGAUCCGGCUGUGUCGAGAACUGUCCUCGCUUAUCUCGCUCCACCGGGCACGCUUCAACGACCUCCACAUGACGAGAACCCAGCAGAAUGCAAGCGAGAUGUGUAGUUUGAGUGAGUCGUCGGCUGCCAAGAUAGCCCAUGCCUGCCCCGAGGAUCUGGUCAGCCACAACAAGCGCUUCCUUACUCGCGUCUACCCCAACUCUUCCAGGGUCGAUUCCUCUAACUACAACCCACAGGACUUCUGGAACGCCGGCUGCCAGAUGGUGGCGCUGAACUUCCAGACACCAGGGCAGAUGAUGGACGUGUACGAGGGAAGGUUCCGAGCCAACGGGGGGUGCGGCUACCUGUUGAAGCCCGCCGUCAUGAGAGAACACAUAUCUGUCUUCUCAGCUCACUCCAGGGAUACAAUACCCGGUGUGGCCCCUCAGCUGUUGAAGAUAAAGGUAAUCAGUGGACAGUGUCUCCCCAAGCCCCGGGGGUCAACGGCCACAAAGGCCAGCUUCAUCGACCCCUAUGUCGUGAUCCAGGUGUUUGGCAUCCCUGCUGACUGCACAGAGGCCAAGACCCGUACAGUCAGUAACGACAGCAGCUUCCCGAUCUUUGACGAGAGCUUCGAGUUCCUUAUCAACCUUCCAGAGUUGGCACUCAUCCGCUUUGUGGUCCUGGACGACGAGUUUAUCGGAGAUGACUUUGUGGGGCAGUGUACCAUCCCCUUUGACUGUAUUCAGACAGGUUACCGCCACGUGCGUCUCCUCUCGAGCAUGGGGGAGCCGAUGGACACAGCUACUCUCUUUGUGCACGUCUCCAUCUCCAACAAGAAGGGCGGAGGGAAACCUCAACGUGUAAAGGGCAAGAGAUCAGACAAGAUCCAAGCAGACAUCAAGCCUGUGGGACUGAAGGCUGCUGAUGAUGUGUUCAAGGAAGCAUCAACGGCACUAAAUGAAGCAGAGUUUGAGCAGGGGAAGGUGGAGGCCGCCUGGUCGGACUUGCAAGAUGAGUGUGGACUAGAGCACACAGUCAACAUGAAGCAAUGCCUCAAGGUGGCCAUCUCCCGCUACUUGGCCACCCCAGAAACCAAUCGCUUGUCGAUCCAAGAAGAGAAAGGAAUCCCAUUUUUGAAAAGUUCCUGUCCUGGGCCAUUACCAUCACAUUUACACAAACUGGACAUGGCACUAGAAAAAGUAUUAGUGGAGAUACACCACUUCUUGACUCAUGGAGAGGAACUGAGAGUCUCCCUGGAGUCACGACUCAAGCCUGCCCUGGCUAUGUAUGACAACCUGGAGUCACUUCUCUCCUCCAAUGGCAUCAAGGGCAAGAAGGCUAACAGGGCCAUGGAGAACUAUGCCUGGAAUGUGAGGAUCAUCAGAGGUCAACUGGACAGGAUUGUGGCACUCAAAAAGAAGUGUCGGAUGGCCAUGGAACAGGUUGAGUCAACCAAGGUAACCCUAGACAGCCUCAUCAUGCGGGAAAGGUCACCUUCAGUAAGGGAACGCCCUCGCUUGACCUUGGCCAAUCGCCAUAAUACAACAGACAACCUCACCACCUACGGGAGCCUGGGACGCUCCCCCACCACUCCCAGUAGUGAGUGUAAACCCAAGAGCAUCCUGAAGAAAAGCAACUCUAACCUUGAGUCCAGCAGUGUCGGGUAUGUGAAUGAGGAGUACCGUAUGUCGCCCAGCACCUCCUCUACUGUAAUAGGCGACGAUGAAGAGUCCACCGAGUUGCUAAAACCUCCUUUGCUCCACUCAUUCAGCUACACCCCAGGCUUCAGCUAUGAGCAAAACACUGCCCUGUAGUAACAAGACAGGCUUGUUAGACACUGAUUAGUGUGCGUAGUGUGUUGCUGUAUGAGCUGUACCCCUUAACUGGUAGUGAUGGAUGUUGACACUACAACUGUAUUGCUAAGAAUAUAAAAGGAUGUUGUGUAUUAACUUAA